AUGGAUCCCGUGCUCGCACGCUCCGCCCCCACCGACUGGGUGUACCUCGGCGAGGGUGGAGCACACGUCAUCUUCCGCUACCGUGGCACCAACCCUGCACUGCAGGGCCGCGCGAUGCGGCUCGUCAAGACGGACGGCGCCGCAGCCGACGCUGCGCUGCGCAACACUUGGGCCGCGGAAUUACUUCCCCAGCUCGUCCCCGCCAGCCUCCUGGCCACACCGACGCCCACCGCGGUCGACAGCAAAUGGACGCGCGCUGUGGUGACUCCCACCGAGCUUAUGCGCCCCGCUGAGCGCCGCGCCGAGGGCAAGCCACUUGCUGAGAGUGUUGAUUACGGCCGUCCCGCGCAGCUCAUGGAUGACCUCACCUGCGGCAUGACAGGUCAGAAGGUCCUCGCCAUCGAGAUCAAGCCCAAGUGGGGCUUCCUUCCCCAGGCGCAGCAUCUGCACCCACCCGAGUCUAUUCCCAUCAAGACGCGCAACUGCCGUUUCUGCCUGCACCAGCACCACCGCGGCGAGGACGUCGACGGCACCGUCUACUGCCCCAUCGACCUCUACUCGACCGACCGUAGCCGUGUCCGGAAGGCCCUCGACGGUCUCUGGGCGCAGUGGCACAGCUCGGCGGGGGACAAAAACAACCUCCGCGUCUACGUCGACGGCAAGAUGGUCCUUCCCCCAAGUGCUGAGCUGAUUCCCACGGCGCACGCGGGAGAUCUCUCCGACGGCACGGCGGACUUCCUCAUUCCUCUGCUGGAGAAGUCGAGUGCGCUGCAGCAGCUCAAGCAGCUGCAGAGCACGCUCGACGCGACCAACAUCUCAGACCUCGCGAGGCAGCACUCUGAGGCGUACCCCGGUAACAAGCCUUUCGAGUCUGUCGCCGAGCCGACUGCAGCUGAGCUCUCUUCCUUUGUCAAGCUGUACCUCGCCGAUCCGACGGCUGGCGCACGCUCCCCCGAUGCCUGGACGCUCCGCCAGCGCGAGAUUGCGUUCAUGCUCUCCGCGAUUUUCAAGGACUGCAGCAUGAUCGUCCGCGCCGUUCUCCGUAACACUGGCGCCGGGUACGAGCUCGACGAGGCGCGCUCCGUGGUCAAGAUUAUCGACACAGACCUCAAGCCACUUACCAACCUCGGCAAGUGGCACGCGCUGGACGAGAAGCUCUGGCGCCACUGGGCCGAGACGAAGGGCAGC